AUGGUGAGUGAAGGAGGAAUAACAACAAAGGAACUUAACCGAUGUUUCGAGAAGAUGAUGAAAAUGGAAGGAAUCAUGAUCACUGAGUGGAAAGAUAUUCCAUUGGAGCUUCUNAUGAGGAUCUUAAACCUUGUUGAUGAUCGUACGGUCAUAAUUGCUUCUGGUGUUUGUAGUGGUUGGAGAGAUGCUAUUUCCUUUGGUCUCACUCGUCUCUCUCUCACUUGGUGCAAGAAGGAUAUGAACAGUUUGGUUCUGUCUCUUGCUCCGAAAUUCGUUAAGCUUCAGACUUUAGUACUGCGACAGGACAAACCGCAGCUUGAGGACAACGGCGUGGAAGCCAUAGCGAAUCAUUNUCACGAGCUACAAGAUCUUGACCUGAGCAAAAGCUUGAAAUUCACUGACCAUUCCCUCUAUUCUCUGGCUCGCGGUUGCACGAACCUCACUAAACUCAACCUUAGCGGAUGCACUUCGUUCAACGACACUGCUCUCGCGUAUUUGACAAGAUUUUGCCGGAAGCUCAAGAUUCUGAAUCUUUGUGGUUGUGUGGAAGCUGUGACAGACAAUACAUUGCAGGCUAUUGGAGAAAACUGCAAUCAAAUGCAGUCACUGAAUUUGGGAUGGUGUGAGAAUAUAAGUGAUGAUGGAGUCAUGUGUUUAGCUUAUGGGUGUCCUGAUCUAAGAACUCUUGAUCUCUGUAACUGUGUUCUAAUUACAGAUGAGAGUGUGGUGGCUUUGGCGAAUCGGUGUGUACACUUGAGGUCAUUGGGGUUAUACUACUGCAGAAACAUUACAGACAGAGCGAUGUACUCGCUAGCUCAGAGCGGAGUAAAGAACAAGCACGAGUUGUGGCGAUCCGUUAAGAAAGGCAAAUUCGAUGAUGAAGGACUAAGAAGCCUUAACAUUAGUCAAUGCACUUAUCUCACACCUUCGGCGGUCCAAGCGGUCUGCGAUACAUUCCCCGCACUCCACACUUGUUCGGGCAGGCAUUCGCUAGUCAUGAGUGGUUGUCUGAAUUUAACAUCGGUUCAUUGUGCCUGCAUUCUUCAGGCUCACCGCACCCACACAGCUUACCCUCAUUCUGCUCAUUGA